UCUGAACCACCAAACUCGCUCUCAUGCCAUUGCACUGCACAAGUCCGGCUCGAAUAAACUGGACCGACCGGAGGCCUUGAUAUUUCGGCGAAAAUGCCAGCUCACCCUUUCAAGCAGUUCUCGGAGCUGGAGGACACGAUGAGCAAGCAUUUACUCAGCCUUGACCUUGGAGAGCAGAACCACCCCGCCCUCCCUCUGAAUAUGGCCAAGAGUUCUCCAGGUUAUGUCGGCGAGCUCUGCAGAAGCGCCUCGUUUUCUGUGUCCAGUCUCCCUCCAGAUUUUUCAGAAGGCCCAUUUCCGACCUCCAGCCUAUGGGGGCAGCCCUCAGAUAGCCCUGUCCCCUCCCAGCCUGCUGCUAGCUCCAACCAGUGGGGAAAGUUUGGUUUUCUCUCCCAGCGUUCAGUCAGCCUGGUGGAAACCAGGAGCAUGCCAGAAGCUAGUCUAAACUGGUCCUCUACUGAACUCCAUACGUCCAAAAGUGAGUUUAGUCCCACUCCUUUACAAGCUGCCGCCUCCUCUUCAUCGGGCUCUUCGUCACGCUACAAAACCGAACUCUGUAGAUCUUUCACAGAGAACGGCCAGUGCAAGUAUGGCGGGAGAUGCCAGUUUGCCCACGGCCCAGAAGAGCUGCGUGAUCUUAACAGACAUCCAAAGUACAAGACCGAGCCAUGCCGCACCUUUCACUCUAUUGGCUUCUGCCCCUACGGGAUCCGCUGUCACUUUAUCCACAACAGUGAGGAGGAGAAGAAGCCCACCUUCUCUCGUUCCUCCUUAUCCGUCUCCUCCUCCCUCAACAUUCCUCACCAGCCAGCAGGUUCCUCCUCCGCUACUUUGCGCCCAAACAGGCCUCCCCUUGUCAGGCAGAGUUUCAGCUUUGCUGGAUUUCCUUCAUCUCCUCAGUACGUCCUCCAGUCUGUUCUGACCGACGCCACUCCACCUUCUGCUGCAGGCUCUUUUACAUGCAGCUCAUCUGGCUCGCCUACGUCCUGCGCCGACAUCACCGACCUCCUCUCCAGUGCCUUUUUGGAGUUGGGCUCUGCUUUUGAGGCAUCCGGCGCUCCAAUGCGUGAGCCCUCUGCAGCCCAGGUCGGGCAGGCCGACCUACGCUCCCCUUUCCUGCCCUCACCCGACUCGGGCUACUCGCCCAGCGGACUGUCUCCCACCAGCUCACCCUCCCUCCGUCAGAGCCCCGGUGCCACCGAUGUCUUCCUGGGGUCGUUGGGCACCCGCUCCCUGUCCUACACCUCACUUUCAGACCAGGACCAAGAUGGAGGCAGCUCUGCAAGCUCUCUCAGCGGCUUUGAAUCCUGUGGGGGUAGUAAAGACGGUAAUGGAAAACGCUUGGCAGUGUUCAGCCAGCUCUCUGUUCCCUAAGAUGCUGCUGGUCUCUAUAAGCUAAGGGAAAUAUUUUUGACCUAAGGUAUCAUUUGCACCUCCAACGGCAUUAAAGGAAAUGAGGACUAAAUGGCAGAUUUAAAACACUUUAGAGAUUCCUGUUGAGAUUAAUGUGGCAGUAUGUGAAAAUAUGUCGCAAUGGUUGUUUUAUAUUGACGGAUAGGCUUUUAUUCUUUAUCUAAAUUGUCUAUAUGUGCCUUGAAGGCAACACUGCCAACAAAUGUGAUCGGUGUGAUCAGCCAAGUUGUUCGUUGACUUCAUGUUGUAUGAAAGGUUUGUAGUACAAGACAAAGCCAAAGAUCACCUGUUUUUCUAGUUCAGACUCCCAAACUAUGGUGUAUCUAACACACAGUUGUUUAAGCUUUUCAAAUGUUUUUUUUUUUUUUUUUUGCUUGGAUUACUGGCAUUAAACCUUUGUUGUUUUUUUUGUUUUUGUUUUUUCCGCUAUAACAUUGUUGAUUUUGCUUCAUCAUCCAGUAUUACUUCUUGGCUGUUUACUGUUCUCCAGACAAGAUCCAAUAAAAGCGUCUGUUGCCUUACUGAAAUGAAUCCAGCAUACUGUAGAGGUUUAGGGUACAUGCGUUAGUGUUUUAGAGACCUUACUCAGCUGUUUUUUGUGUGUUGACGGUCUGGUUAGACGAACGGGUGUCGUGAUGUUCCUUCUCUAUUUAAGAAUCCCCCUUUUUUGUCGAUGAGUUUCAGACCUGUUAAAGAUGAAGGCGUUCAUCUUUAGUAAAUUAAUUUCUUUAAUUUAUUUUAACGUAUUUAUAGAGGACUUCUCAGUUGAUGCUUGUACCGAGUUUAAUAUAUUUGGGUUUCUUCUACCUUUUUGUACUGAAAAUAAAGUUUU